GUUACUCCCAAGGAGCUAAUUCGGUUUGUUUACUCCCAACUGCUAACUCUGUUUUGUUACCCCCAACUGCUAAUUCGGUUUGUUUACUCCCCCUCUGUUAACAUUUUAAGGCGCAUGCCAAUACCCCCCAGCAGAAGAAAACCCAUUUGUUCAUCCCAUAAAUGUGUAGAGUAAUAUCUUGACUGUUUUUUUUUUUUUUUUUGUUUUUGUUUUUUUUUGUUUCCCGUUUGUGGAUCGGUGGACGUUUCAGCGGUUGAGAAGUUCCUCAGUGGAAACCUUUCCCCGAGGCGAGAAAGCAACUGGAAGGUUUCCCCGGUUGGAGGUUACCCACACUGACGGGAGUAUUGCCCACCCUUAGUGCCACCAUGGAUGGGGGAGAGAAGGAAGCGCGCAUCAGCUACCAUGAGUACAAAAAAAGGCUGAAGAAACUCACGGAGGAAAUAAAAAAGGAAAAGAAAAAAAAGACGAUUAACAAAAAUAAAAAUAGCGACAAUUUGACCAAACUGGAGGAGGAACUGAGCAAGCUGAACGCCAUGUAUAACCUGGGCAAUGCAGACGAAGGAAGCGAAAUGAAUCACUCGGAAAAGAAAAAUGAUCGUGAUAGAGAGGCAAGCACAUAUGAAGACAUUAACGACGGUGUAGCCACCACGGAGCUAUACUCAUACAAUGCAGUCUCGAAAAAGGCAUUAAGAAAUAUAAAAAGGACACAGAGAAAAGAGAGGGAGGUUGAAAGGAUUGAGCAGUCGAGAAGCAAAAUAGGAGACCUUGAAUAUGAGGAAUUGGUUGAAUGCUUAAAGAGAGUAAAUAAAACCAUCUAUCCCAUCGCUCCUGAUGGGAACUGUCUGUACGAGUCGAUUCUACACCAACUGAGAGAGAGAGUAGGCGGAUUUAAAUAUAACCAAGAGGACCUUUUGAAUCUCCUAGGGGAGGAAAGAUUUUCACUGGAAGGUGUAAAUUUGAGGGACUACCAAAAGGGGGGUCCCUUUGACUUUGGCAUUUUCGCCCAUUUUGACCCGCAGGAUUUGAGCAGUGACGUCCUGCGAUUUAUAGCGGCCGUUUAUAUUUUGCAGAACGAGGAGCAGUUUGUGCACUUUGUGUGUGCGGAUGAGGGGGACGAGCCGGCUGCGGACACCUACUUCUGCUAUUGUGAGGCCAUUCUCAAGGGCGUUUACGGGAGCGAAAUCGAAAUCAAUGCCCUCUCGAGCAUCUUGAAGAAGAAAAUUACCGUUUACGACGUAAAUAUGAACAUUUCGUAUGGAGAGGAGCAUGAAACGGAGCUGUUCAUAUGCAUCCACCAUAAGCUGUAUGCAUUAGGGAAGCACUACAAUUCCGUCGUUGACAUGUGA